CGUCAACACUCAUUCCAGGUAAAAUUCCAAGAACAUCAUAAGCAUUCAGUUUAAAAGAAGCAAUUAUUCUUUCUAUUUCGCGUCCCUGUUACCCGUUAGCACCCAUUUUGCUAAGAUAUGAUCCUGAAGAAACCAGAAAAUAAAGCAUCAAAUGAUCUUCCAUCAUCAUGAGAAAUUCCUUUAUUUUCGAACAGAGAUCUAGGUUUCUUCACAAAGAACUGUUGAGUAUAGUACUGUGACAAAUUACUUACCUUAUUAAGGGUUGUUUCAACGCGAUUCAAGAGCUUAUCGACAUCCGACAUAUUUACUUUUUUUAUGUUUAAAUUACCUAAGGAUUUCUCCUAAGAAAUGAAAUCGUGACCUUCAAUGCCGAAACUAUUAUGUGCAGUGUUUAGUCCAAGUGAAUCGACCGUGUGUACACAUCUUUUAAUUACCAGCUUCGUUGGUUCUUUCUCUUUGGGAAACAUUCUCGAAACGCCUAUUCAUAAAGCUAUGCAGAACCAUAAUCCGUCUGAUCCUUCCGACUGGAAUUAUACAAAACUGCCACGUCUAAAGGGACUGGAUUCCUCCAUGAGAUGUCUUAUCUGUCACGAUUUCUUCAAAGGACCAGUAAUAACAUCUUGCUCUCAUACCUUCUGUUCUUACUGUAUUCGGGAUUAUUUAAGGGAGCAUCCAAUAUGUCCAGCUUGUCGUGCUCCUGAGCAGGAAAGUCGUUUACGAAAAAAUAAGGUUAUGGAAGAUAUUUUGGAUUCAUUCUUUUCUAUCCGUAUGGAAUUAAUUCAAAUUUUAAAGAAGGAUGAUCCUCCUGAAGACAUUUCAAACGGUGAUGAUGCGCCUGCACUUUCAGUCCCAAAUUCCCAGUCAAGCACCGAAGAAUGGGACGAGAGUGAAACUCCCCAUUCCUCAAGCUCUACAAAUAGAAAGAAAAGAAAAAUUCAAAAUCCCGUCGUUUGUCCUGUUUGCUCGAGGGAGGUAUCCCAGUCCGAAAUAAAUCAGCAUUUAGAUACAUGUCUAGCUAAUCCCGAUCAAUCUUCAACAGAAGAUGCUCCUUUUCCACCAGAGAAUAUUGAAAAGCAUCUUGAUCAGAAUCCUAUUAAUAACUUUGUGGAGACUAAUAAAGAAUUACCCGAAUCAGAACGUGUUCGAAUUCCAAAACUUACUUAUGCUUUACUCUCUGAAUCUAAAAUACGUUCCAAAUUGGCCGAGAUGGGCCUCCCUACUGAUGGUAAUAAACAAGUUUUGCAAAGAAGACAUGCUCAAUGGGUCACUAUGUAUAAUUCUAAUUUGGAUCAAAAAUAUCCAAUUUCAAAGAAGGCACUUCUAGCCCAGCUUCGCAAAUGGGAGAAGACUCAAAGUAAUACCAAUCCUGUUUCAAAAGAAAAGCUUGGAGGUACUGACUGGGGAUCUACCUAUGCAGAUGAUUUUGCUGACCUUGUAAAAAAAGCCAAAAAUACUGUGAAAAAAUCUGUUCCUUCUUCACCGAAUGAACAAUCUACUUCUACAACUAUUGAUAAUUCUAAUAACUAA